UGGCUCACAGAACCUGAGAGACUCCUGGUUGCCCCCCUCCAACAAGCACCCCCACCCAGAUCCCCGCCACGGCCAAGACGUCACGUGCUUCAUUAAAUAAUUAAUGCAGGGAUUGCAGAACCGAUAUGGAUUCGUCAGGAAUAUAACGGACAGAACGUCGCUCUGCUCCAAGUGUGCGUGUGUGUCUGACGUGGAAAAGUCAACUGUCCUUUAAAAAAUACAAGCCCCUUGUAUCAGCAGAGAGUGGAGAGAAAGGAAAGAAGAGAGACAGAGGGAGGGAGAGAGAGAGCGAGAGACGGGAGAAGAGAAGACACGCCAACAGAGUGAGAGAGAGAGAAAGAGAGAGAGAGAACAGGAGAAAAGAGAGAAGGAGGCUGCAAUAAAACAAAUUUGGACGGGUGUGUGUCUUGCGGGUCGCUGUGGACGCCGUGAGUAUUGCGGAAGGAAGGGGACUGCAUGGGGGGAAAGCCCACUUCUUCCUCCUACACGCCGCGCCGCCUUCGCCCGCUUCCCACUCAGUGAAUAACAGGCUGUUUUAACACCGUGGUCAGGUUGCAGGGGACCGUUGGAGAGACACCGUCACGUGACCCCCGGUACCAAAUGGUCUUCCGGCAGUGGUUUUCAUUAAGGACCGGAGCAAAAGAAGACGCUGCCAUCUCUCAGAAAUGCAGAAGACAACAUACUACGACAACUCCCCAACGCUUUUUGGUGGCUACUCUACCUACCAGGUGCAAGGAACAGCAGCAGCUGCCAAUGGCUUUGGGGGCUACGAUGCCCCGGUCCCAGUGUCCCACCACCAACCUCCCUUCCAGUCCCCAACCCAUCUGGAUGUGGAUUCGUACCAACGCUCCGCCUGCUCUUUGCAGUCACUAGGCAAUAAUAGUGGCCACCAGCAGCAGCUAGCCAAGACCAAGGAGCUGAAUGGCAGCUGCAUGCGGCCCAGUUUGCCGCCUGAGCACCACCCAGCCUCCCAGGUGUCCCCUCCACUGCCCCCCAAAUCCAGCAAUGGUAAUGUCACCACUCAGCAGCCGGGGGGCAGUGCUGGGUCUUCUACAGUCUCUAAAUCAGGCCCUAAUAAGUCAUCAAACUCUUCCUCCUCCACAUCUUCUUCUACAUCAUCCAGCUCCUCUUCACUGCCGCCCAACCCAACGCUAGCCAAGCAGAUCUUUCCCUGGAUGAAGGAGUGUCGGCAAACAACCAAGCAGAAAAACUGUUCACCCAGCAACAACUCCGGCAACGCAUCGGGGAGCACUGAGAGCGGCAGCAGUGGGGAGAAGAGUCCUUCUGGAGGUUCAUCUGCAUCAUCCAAGCGCGCUCGUACAGCGUACACCAGCGCUCAGCUGGUAGAGCUGGAGAAGGAGUUCCACUUCAACAGGUACCUGUGCCGACCCAGGCGUGUGGAAAUGGCGAACCUGCUCAAUUUGUCCGAACGCCAGAUUAAGAUCUGGUUCCAGAAUCGACGCAUGAAGUACAAGAAGGACCAGAAGUCCAAGGGCUUGAGCUCCAGCUCUGGAGGACCAUCUCCGGCAGGUUCCCCUCCUCUCACCAUGCAGUCCUCUGCCAGCUUCCUGAACUCAAUGCAUCCAAUGGGAGGGGGAGGAGGGGGUCCUGCUUAUGAGACCCCCUCCCCACCAUCCUUUGGAAAGCUCCACCAGGGAGUGUCUUAUUCUAUGUCCACUGCCUAUUCCAAUGUUCCUAUGAAGGGCUGCCCUCCUCAGAAAUACGGUGCCCCAGAUCCAGACUAUGGUGAUCCCCACCACAGCCUAGUACAGGCCAACAAUGCUGGCUAUGGGACGCCAACAAACAUGCAGGCCAGUCCAGUCUACGUUGGGGGUGGCAGCUAUGUGGAGCCCAUGGCUGGCUCCGGGCCCUCCAUGUACGGCCUAAACCACCUGGGCCCUACGCCGCCCCACCACCAAACCAUAGACUACAAUGGCGCAGGGCCCAUGUCAACUACCAACCAGCACCAUGUGGGUGGAGGGGGCCCUCAGGGUCCCUGUGACCCACCCACACACCCAACUUACACCGAGCUGUCAGCACACCACACCUCAACUCAGGGUAGAAUCCAAGAAGCACCCAAGCUCACCCAUCUGUAGCAAGUUUGGAACAAAAUGACAAUGCAGGAAUUAAAAAAUAACAGAAAAUGUAACAUGACAUGACUCACAAAGAGACAAACCAAAAUGUGGGGACUACACUGCUGCAGUGGGACAAUGGGAGGGGCGAAGCAGGACAGAAAGGUGCCUUCCAGUGGUUUGUGAAAUUCUCUCUGCCAUAAUAUGCAAGAAACAGUGUUAAAUACCACUACCUUCAUUACAACAGCAUCACAUCUGUUAUAUUAAGGAAAAACAUUCCUUAUUGUUUUUGAAAAAACUGUUUGUUUUAUUUUAAAAACAGAAAGCUGAAAGUACAACAAAAAAAAAUCAGAUUUAACUAAGCUUUGGCUGAAUAUCACUGUGACAAUUGGAACCUUGUAAUUUAUUACAGUAAAUUGGGAAACAAAACCCUAUAGUUUUUAUUAUGUCAUCUGGCUUUAUAUUCAGUAUUGAAUUUUAUUUUUCAAUUUAUUAUUCUACCUCUUAAGAAGGAGCAUCUACCAUAGCAAGAAAUAUUUCAAUAUUUCAGUCAGUUAUGUUGAGUGUAUAAAUAAACAUCCAUGUUCAUAGACUUCUGAUAGGCACUAGUAGACAUUUGUAGCAAAUUGCAACAAUAGUAUAGUGAGCAUGGAGUUUAAAAGAGAAAUAUAAUGACCCUUUAAGAGGUACAGCAUGGUUUCAAAUGUUCCUUUAAUGGCAAAAUAUCCCCCUAAGAAACAUAUAUACACACAGCUCUCCUGUCUGGUAGAUGAAAUGGUUGCGAUUUUAAUGGGUUGUUAAUGAGGUGGUUAGAUUUAUUAUGCUGACUUCUGUCCCCUGCAGGCAACACGUGUUGUUGUCAGCAGAGCUGAGCUAUGUGGACUGAUCUGUCUCUCCAUCAGUUAGAACUUGAGACAGAGAAAAAUAUAUGGCUCAAGCUGGCAGCACAGAGCUUCCUUUGAGCCUCGUGUUUUAUGAAGCACAUCACAACCACUGGACAGCUUUCCAGUCACUGUCUUUUCCCCCUGCAGUACCCAUCUCUGUCUGUCUAGACCCAAUCGUUACUAACCCAAUCUCACCUGCUUUCCACCCCACCUUCCCAGCACACACAACCACAUAGGCACAGGUACAUAUUCAUCCGUCCCAUCACCGUAACAGGGUUUAAGAUGAGAACUUAAAGUUGAACUAGCUCCAACAGCCAGACUCUUAUUCUAAACUACCUUUUGACAGUUACGUCGGCAUACACACACAGCAAUACUAAGCUAACUUCCUCUCACUGACACAUGUCCAGAAGCAGCUAUCCAGCUGCUGACAUCUCUAGACAAAUAUAAGAGGGCACAGAAUCUACAAUUUUAGUGUCCUUAUUUAGCACAUCAUUGAGACAGGGUAAAAAAAGAAGAGUGGAGAGAACUAUUUAUUUAUGUCUAAAAAAGUCAUUGACAAUACCCACCUCACCCACAAACUCCCAUCCCAUUACACACCAAUGUGUGAAACCCCAUUUCCUCUUGUUUUAUUUCGUUCCCACAUGUCUUGACUUUUAACAUGGAAACAGGGUAUAUAUUUGAACAAAAAAUGCAUGUCCCACAUUUCUGAGCAUAUGUGUAAAACUUAUUUUUAAAACAACUGGAUUUAUUUUUUCCUCUGUCAGUGAGUAGAUUUUAGAAAAUACAUGUCAGACACUUCCAACUGUUGAACUCGGUGUCUCCAGUGACUGGGCACUGUGGAGUGGAUGGGCCGUCCACACUCACUGAUAAUUAGGAAAUAAAUCCCUCAAGUUGUUUUUAAAAGCUCAAGAUUUACUCAAAUGCUGUUUUUACAGCUGGGCAUCAUUGUUGCACUUAGAGUUUACAUUUUGAUGGUUAAUGGUUAAAAAAAAAAAGAUAAAAUCUUAUUUUGAAGACGGAAGACCGUCCAAUCAAAGCGUCUGUCGCUAACGUGUGUUCAAUUGAACAUUCACAUAUAAAUAUUUAUUUGUUAUAGCCAGUUUAAAAAGAGUUUCGUUUUGUAAUAAUAUUAUUUAUCCUUUGUGUAUUUAUAUUGAGGAAGAAAAUCCUGUACUUUUUUAGUAUUUACCUGUAAUAAAAGCAACAUUGUGUUUCCUCUUGUCCAUGUACUGAAGUUACAAUUUCAGUUCUUGUAUUUUAGAAAAAAAUAGAUAGUUUUUUUAAUUAUAAUUAUUAUUAUUAUUAUUAUUAUUACCCUUUUUAUGUUAUUAUCCUUGUACAUAAAUGUCUUGGCUUGUACAGGGAAAGACGAGUGUUGGGUUUGGACAUCCACCCAUAGUCUGAAAAUAGAAACAACCUAUUAGCAGGAAAGACAAAAAAAUUCCUUUUGGAGGAAACAUUUUUUUGUCCUUUGUAGUUUCUAUUUUUUUUCACUGUUGAUAAAGUUGUCUGUCAAACAAUUCUUUAAUAAAAUUUUAUGUUACACA